AUGAAAGGUUCUUGGAGGCACCAGUGCUUGCUUUUGACUCUUCUUGCUUUUGUUCUUCUCUCAGAAGGAUCAAGAUUACCUAAGGAAUACUGGGAACAGAUGUUGCCAAAGAAGCUACCUUCGCCUUCUUCUUCUCCAUCCAAAGGCACAAAUGCUGUGAGCCCUUCCUCUUCCUCGACCACGAAAAAUGAUGGUCUUCCUACAUCAGAUGGAAAGGAGACAAGGAGGGUUGAACUUGGAUUAACAAAAUCUUCUAAAUGUUCACCCUUACAAAUUUUACCCUUAGAAUAG